CUGAAGGCAGACAAGGAGCAGCAUGCUAUGCUGGCUGUCUUCGACGAGAACAAGAGCUGGUACCUGGAUGACAACAUUCGCCAAUUCUGUGAUCGAUCCAAAGUCAACAAGGCAGAUCCAGAGUUUAUUAAGUCCAAUAUCAUGCACUCGAUCAAUGGGUACGUGUUUGAAAGUGGACCUCACUUAGGUUUCUGUAACGGUGAGAUUGCAACAUGGCACAUGUCCAGCAUCGGAGCGCAGGACUACAUCCAGACAGCUACUUUCUACGGACACGCAUUUGAGGUGAAUGGGCGGACAGAGGACUUUCUGAGCCUCUACCCAAUGACCGGAGAGACUAUCACGAUGGAAAUGGACAACAUAGGUGUCUGGCUCCUGGCGUCCCUGAACUCCCAUGAGACGACCAAAGGAAUGCGCGUCAAGUUUAACGAUUUUGAGUGCUAUCGUGACAACCAGUACGAUUACCCUGGCUACGACUACGAGAAUAAGUUUCAUAUAUGGAACCCUCAGGGACUUCCCGAAAUCAAAAUAGAAGAGGAAAAGCCAAAAACUCCGGUGGAGCCAGUAAAGGUAGACAUUGACACAGACAUGUAUGCAGAGCUAUGGGAUUUGAGAUCUCUGAAGAACCAAUCCAAAGACCCAGGUGUGGAACAGUUGGACCUCUCUUUCCUCGACUAUGAUGCUGUUGAUGUGCCUGAGGAUGGAAAUGUCACGAUUCAUUUGAAAGGGACAAAGAAUAAAACACAAACCUCUUUUUCAAAGCCAAAUGCAAACUGGAAAGACGUGGAUGGAUCGAACCUCACGGAGGUAGAUUUGUAUAAUCGAAGCAUUAAAGUGAACACAAGCGAAAUGCAGAACAGCAGUACACUUGGUAAUUCGUCGUUGUAUAAAAUAGAGAACACGACCAUUUUGUAUAGCCCACAUUUACUAAAAAGUGACAAUGCAACCAUGGCUUCUGCCGAUUCUCACACAAACAACACAACAGUUCAAAAUGCUACGGUAUUAUCAGCAGAUGGCGAUGUAUCCAUAAAGCCAAAUGCAAUCAACGAGACAUUAUUAUUAAACUUGGAAAAGGUGGAUGGAUUUAAACUCACGGACGUACAUUUGCUAAACCAAAGCAUCAGUGAGAAUACAACACAAUCGCAGAACAGCAGUCAGCCGUCAAGCUUUGGUGAUUCUUCUUUGAAUUAUAAAAUAGAGAACACAACCGUUUUGUACAGCCCAAAUAUAGCGCUAAAGAAUAACAACUUAACUACAAAGAACGCAACAGUUCACAAUGUUACGGUACUCUCAGCGGAUGUACCCACAGAUAUUACAAAUGUUACCGUGACUUUAACAGGAAAUGCAAGUUCAAUCUUGGAGACUGAAGAACUCGAUGUAACCUUGACCAGUGAUAACCACAUGACUGAUUCAGAGGAGAUUCUCACAAGAGGUGACGUGUUUUCUUACUCUGUGCCAACGUCCAAUUCUAGCACGAAAAAUCUCUCUAUUUCAACAGACGGUAACGCAACGUCAAACUCUGCAGAAAAGGUAGAUGAGAAUAACACAGCAGCUAACGUAUCAGCAGAUGAUGAUUCAUUGUCUUUUCCAGCAGCUGAUGUUGAAAAGGUUAGCUUGGACAUAAGCAACUUAACCAUCUUAGAGUUGGAAGUCGACGGCAGAGACAACAAAACCAAUGGCAAUGACACUACAGAAGAACCUGAGUAUACACUUCAAAUGAAUUCCUCUGAACACGUAACUAUCGACUCAAGCCUGGGAAAUGUAUCACAAGCUUUGCUCGAGAGUAAACAGAAUAUAUCCAGAUCCAACACAACAGAGAGUAAUGUUACCUCACUUCUUGAUGGGUCGAACUACACAUCUUCUGAAGAAAGUUUCUCCAAUGAGAGUAAUGUGUCCCUCUCCGGCGACGCAGGAAAAGAGAGGCAACCUGAGGAGCUAAGUGUCUUGGAGGAAAGUGAAGAACUGCUCAUCUACUUCACAGGAAACCAUUCACACGUGAUUAAAACAACCCCCGUCAAAACACAGUCACACAACUGGACUUAUGAGAGCACUCACCAAAUGGAACCCGUGGAUAUUCCCGACUACAUGAUGAAAUAUCUUCCGAAAGAAACCCCCAAAGCAACACCGCCUCCAAAAAAGACCCGGAAGGUAAGUCUUCGUCAGAAACCCCUGAAAGGUCUAGGCAUGAAAACAAAGAAGAAGAAGGAGUACAAACCUCAGUCUAGGAGUGGAUUACCUCUUUCUCCUCGAGGUUUUGGCCCAGCCAUGACUCCACGUGGGUCUCGACCCCAGCUGCAACCCGUCACUGAUGAGGAAGAACUGAUCAACGAGCCCGUGGUCAUCGGUGUGCCUCGGUCCGAUUUCAGCGACUACGAGUUGUACGUUCCUGGAGACGAUCCGGAUCAUCUGGCGAUAGAGGGAGAUGUGACCGCAGAUGAAUAUGAGUAUGUGACUUAUGUAGACCCUUACACCGGUGGUACGGACAUCAAGACUCUCAACCUGGACGACACGACCAAAUACUACCUGAAGUUCUCAGGUCCCAACGUCAGGACUUAUUUCAUUGCUGCAGAAGAGGUGGAUUGGGACUAUGGUGGCUAUGGACAGAGGUAAGCUUAGAGUCAAUAUGACGAUUCAGAUUUAUUACAAACUGCACACACAUGGGUAGACAUCAGA